AUGCUAACCUCUUUGAAUAUCUUUUUGAUUCUUUCUCUCCCUAUCCUUUCCCCGUUCCGGUUCCUCCUACGUCAGGUCGGUCUACCCAAUGUCGGCAAGUCAACGCUCUUCAACACGUUAACCAAGCUCUCCAUCCCCGCUGAGAACUUCCCCUUUUGCACCAUCAACCCCAACGAGGCUCGCGUCAAUGUACCUGACGACCGCUUCGACUGGCUCUGCCAGCUGUUCAAGCCCAAGAGCGAGGUCUCCGCCUUUCUGGAGGUGAACGAUAUUGCAGGGCUGGUGCGCGGAGCCAAUGAAGGGGAGGGUUUGGGCAACGCGUUCCUCUCGCACAUCCGAGCCGUUGAUGGCAUCUUCCACGUCUGCCGUGCCUUUGAUGACGCGGAUGUGAUUCACGUGGAGGAUACUGUUGACCCCAUCAGGGACCUGGAGAUCAUUCACAACGAGCUGCGGCUGAAGGACAUUGAGUUCAUGGAGCGAGCCAAGGAGGACUAUGAGAAGCAGCUCAAGCGCAGCAACGACAAGCAGCUCAAGAUCGACCACGAGCUCUGCCUCCGGGUGCUGGCGCAUUUGAAUGAGGGCAAGGAUGUGAGGCUGGGCGAGUGGAAGGCAGCUGACAUUGAAGUUCUCAACACCUUCCAGCUGCUGUCUGCCAAGCCAGUUGUCUACCUGGUGAAUCUGACGGAGAAGGACUAUCAGCGCAAGAAGAACAAGUGGCUUGCCAAGAUCCAUGGCUGGGUGCAGGAGCACGGGCAGGACCCCAUCAUCCCGUUCAGCGGAGUGUUGGAGUCGAAGCUGGCUGACAUGCCGGCCGACGAGGCUGCCACCUACUGCAAGGAGAAUGAUAUCCAGAGUGGUCUUCCAAAGAUCAUCAAGACGGGAUUCGCAGCCAUCAACCUCAUCUACUUCUUCACGGCUGGGCCUGACGAGGUGAGGUGCUGGCAGAUCCGCAAGCAGACCAAGGCACCGCAAGCAGCAGGGGCCAUUCACACUGAUUUUGAGAAGGGCUUUAUUUGUGCUGAGCACUCCACUGCUGCUCUCUUCCUCCCGCUGUUUCUUAUUCUUCCCAGUCGUGGCGCUUCAGAAGUCGUCUCCUCCGCUUUCGAGUCCAUGGCCGCGCUCAUACACUCUCCCCUGCCCACUUCUCCCCCUCCCCCCACCCCCCUCCACCGCCGCACCAUGCGUCCCUCAUUGUAUCCCAUCCCCCCGUAUCCCUCCUCCAUUCCGUCUCGCAACCCCGCCCCCACUUCCACCCGCGUCUCAAUCCAUCAGUCAUCAGCAUGCCUCAAGUCCGCCUUUGACCAGCGGUCAUCAGCAUGCCUCAAGUCCGACUUUGACGGCCGUGCUCUCACACUCUCCUCGCCUCUCGUCGCCGCGGCGCCCUCCAUCCGCCGCCGCGCCGCGGUCGCGUCAGCCGCUCCCCCCGCCGCCGCUGCCGCCGCGGUCUCAUCCGCAGCCCCCGCCGUCGCCGCGUCGUUAGCGCUCGAUGAUGACGUGGACGCGUCCAGCCGGCGGUACCCGCCGUUCGCGGCAUUCAGGAUCCACGGCACGGGCAGGAGAAAGACGGCCGUGGCGCGCGUGGGCCUCAUCGAGGGCAACGGGGAAAUUUUCGUGAACGGGCUGCCCCUGAACGAAUAUUUCCAGAACCAGGCGCUCAUGAUCCAGGCUGUCAAUUUGACGCUCUCAUCGCUGGGCAACGAGGUCAAGUUAGAUGUGGUGGUGAAGGCUCAUAUAGAGAUGCCUAUGCCGUCCCCUGAUUUCAUUUUCUCUCUGUUCCACCAUCUCUCUCCCAACUUUCCCCACCAGGCUGUCAAGCUGCCGCUGUCCUCUCUGGGCUAUGAGGGCAAGUACGAUGUGGUGGUGAAGGCGCACGGAGGGGGCCUCAACGCACAGGCGCAGGCCAUGGUUCUUGGUAUCGCCCGUGCCCUCGUUGCUGCCAGCGCUGCCAACCGCCCGCCCCUCAAGGCCCAGGGCAUGCUCACGCGUGAUGCCCGCUCGGUAGAGCGCAAAAAGCAGCUAACAAUGGCGGCAUUCUCGAUGGCGUCGCUCCAAUGCGCGCUCCCGCGCGUCUCUCUCUCGCAGUCCGCGGUCGCUUCGCCCGCGCGCAAGCCCGUCGUGUCCGCCGCUGCCGCCAUGGGCGCGUCGUCGUCGCGCCUCUCCGCGUCGUUCAACGGCCUUCGCCGCGAUAGCCUCAUCAGCCAGUCUUCCGACCUCUCCCCCCUCUCCUCCGUCCUCCCAUCCAACGGCUCGCGCGUCUUCGCGAUGCGCCACGGCCGUCGGAUCGCGCGGCUGGGUCGCCCCGCCGACCAGCGCAAGGCCCUCCUCCGCGGACUCACCACCGAGCUCCUCCGCCACGGCAGAAUCAAAACCACCGCGGCGCGCGCGAAAGCCAUGCGCAAAUUCGUGGACCACAUGAUCACGCUCGCCAAGGGAGGGAGUCUGCAUGAGAGGAGGCAGGCGCUAGGGUUUGUGUAUGAUAAGACGCUGGUGCAUGCGAUUUUCUCUGAUGCUCCGGAGAGGUAUGCGGAGCGGGAGGGAGGGUACACGAGGAUUAUCAGGACGAUGCCGCGACGGGGGGAUAAUGCUCCCAUGUGCUUUAUCGAGCUGGUGUAA